GUGCAGAGGACAGAGGGGAAACAGAGAUGCUGAGGAGGGACACAGCAGGUUUCUGCCGCAGGCUGCGGAUGGUUUAAUGCGGAAAACCUGGACAAAAGCGCAAAGAGACUGUAAAGAAGAGCCGGUGAAAGGUGCCAAAACCACCUGAUGCUGCAGCCUAAUCUGGUCACCUGGGACUGAACACACACACACACACACACACAUACACACACGGACGGACGGCCAACAUGGCGUCAGACCUGCCCAUCUUGACAGAGCAGGAGGAGCUGCAGAGGAGAGCCAAUCAGGUCACAGAUGAGUCCCUGGAGAGCACAAGGCGGAUGAUGCAUCUGGUUGAGGAGAGUAAAGAUGCUGGGAUCAGAGCUUUGGUUAUGCUGGAUGAACAAGGAGAGCAGUUGGAGCGUAUUGAGGAAGGCAUGGACUCCAUCAACAGGGACAUGAAAGAGGCAGAGAAGAAUCUGACAGAUAUGGCCCAAUGCUGUGGUCUGUGUAUCUGGCCAAUCAGGAAACUGAAGGCCUUUGAGGAGAGCGGGGCGUACAAGGCGGUUUGGGGCAGAGCUUCCGGUCAAGAUGGCGUUGUGUCCAAUCAGCCGCCGUCGUCUCGAGUCGUCGAUGAGAGGGAGCAAAUGAUCAUGAGUGGAGGAUACAUACGGAGGGUGACUAACGAUGCCCGCGAGGACGAGAUGGAGGAGAACCUGACUCAUGUCGGCAGCAUCAUCGGGAAUCUGAAGAGUAUGGCUCUGGACAUGGGCAACGAGAUAGACAUACAGAACGUCCAGUGCAACCGCAUACAGGACAAGGCUAUCCUCAACGUGUCCCGCAUCGACGCUGCCAACCAGAAAGCCAACAACCUCAUGAAACGAUAGGAGCGCUCUUCCAUUUCACUCUUUUCUACUAAUUCUUCCUACUUGCAAUUACUAUGCUUGUUGUUAUUCUAUGCUUUAUACAUAUGUCACUUUUUAAGUAGUGUCGUCAUCAUGAAAACUUUCUGUAAUAUUAUUUCUGAUAUUCCUAUAGGGACUAUGAGUCCAGGAUUUUCAGUAGUUAGGUUAUAGUGACCUAUGAGAUGUUGAUUAUCUCGUAUGUGUUAUAGUAUUCCUAUUUAUUCUCAUAGGGAGUCAUAGUUUUGUUGUGAUACUGAUAUGACAUAACCCUUUUGAAAUGUGUCAUAGGAUUAUUAUGACUCUCUUUCUGUGGGGAUUUUACAGCAAGGCCUUUGUCACUUUGCAUUUUACACUCCGUAUUUCCCCUCAAGGUGGCCUCUGCGGUCACUCAACAGAAUUAGAUCAUAGGAAGCUUUAAUGAUCCCUGUGGGGAAACUGGGUCACUGCAGCAGCACCAUUACCAGCAGCAGCAGACAACACCAAAUAUAUAAAUCAAGAAAUAAUUUCACACAAGUUGAACAUGUGGAGAACAACACAGCGAAGAGCGGCUCUGAGGGCCGGGGCGUGUAUUCUAAAGCCAAAGAAAGUGGCCUGUUUCUUCUACCGGACAGAUAAUUAAAUAAAAAAACAAAACAAAGAAAUGUGUGCAGAAUAUAUGUCCAAAUUUCUAAAAAAAAAGGAGAACAAACAAACAUGCAUAGCUAUCAGCAACCAGUUUAUUUCCAAAUGUAAACAUCAUUGAAUAACACACACACCCCUCCCCCCCUUCUCCAGUCUGAAAUGUUCCUUAGAGGGUGAAACUCGUGCGUGAUGGCGCCCCCUGCAGGCGCAGCCGGGUAUUGCCCAGAAGAAGGAAACACGUAUUUGUCCCCAGAGGAGGAUCUCUGGCGACACCAAGCGGACUCACGUGGAGCCUGCUCCUCUUGACCUCUCCAUCUUCUUUCUUCUCCAUGUUGAUAAAAUGGUGGUGAAAUGACGAUGAAUUGGUGGUGUUGUUUUUUUCUAAUCUUAUUCCGUAAUUUGAAGGGGAUCUGAUCUCUGAUCUCUGAUCUCAUCAAGGUUUUUGCUGACACUGUCAAAACCCAUAUGAAUCACGGCAUUUGUUGAAAAUGAAAUGCAAUUAUUUUGUGCUUUUUUUUUGUGCCUGUGUUUGUCAUAACAGCCAAUUACACAAUUUUGUGGUUCACGUUGUUUCAUUAGCAGCUGUGGAUGUGUUGGCUCUCCAGGCAUCAUUAUUGUUCACAAACAGCCAGUCUUCAUUGUUGUGUGCAGUAGGCCCUAAUGCUGGAUCCUUUGGUCUGUUUAAAGGUGUGGUUAUUAUUAGUAAAAUGUUAGCACAAUAAGCUGAUGACCUUUGCUCCCCUAAACAGGUCUCCAUGUUUGUCACACAGCAGGUUUAAGACAACUAUUAGGACAAAGUGACGCAACUACAGAGCAUGUGCAUUGGUAUUUGUUGUAAUGAAAUGCUAAAAUAUGGACAAUAUGAAUAAAAAAAUGCACAAAAAUA